UUGCCAGGCAGAUGCUGUACCAUUGAGCUAAAUCCCUGGCCCCUGUGGAAAUUUUUUAACAUACCUGCUGCAAGAAAGAAGGUACACUGCAUGACACAGUGCAUUUGAACAGCAGAGGCCAAAGCAAUCACCUGCUGUAGACAGUGUAAUUUUUUCCUCUUUGUAUUUUGCAACAGGGUCUCACUAUGUAUUUCAUACUGGACACUGGCCUCGAACUCAAGGAGAUCCUCUCGCCUCAGCCUCCCAAGUGCUGGGAGUAUAGGUGUGUGCUAACCUAUUCUGCUCGACAGGGAAAUUUAAGGCACUCUUGGACCAGCCGCGUCUUUAGUCUUCCCCUUUUCCUUUCAUUAUGACAGACUGUUGCUGACAUCAGCUGUUAUGGGAGGAUGCAUCUCCCUAGCUCCCAGACAGAUGCAUGUAGUUUUAUUAGAGAUUUGGCAUUUGCUUCCCCUUUUAGCUCUCAUGUCAGCCCUUAAUUAGGACAGCAAGGGGUGGGGGAGAGAAGGUUCUCCCUGAGAGGAAGAGGAGGUGGAACCAGUUAAUAUGUGGGCUUAGCUCAGACUUGGGGUUCUUUUUGGUUACUUUUCUCUCCUUGCUGGGACAAAAUAUCUGACUUGCAAAAUUAGACAGGAUGGCAUGGCUAAGGGCAACCCUUCAUGGCAGCAGCAAGAGACAGGAGCAAAAAGGGCAGAAGGGAAAAGCAUUAGCCUUCCCUCCUUUAUAUUUUGUGCUGGCUCCGCCCCUGGGUGAGUGCAGCACUCACACCACCAAUCCCAGCGCUACACGACAAACCAAUCACAAACCUUAGACUCAGCCGCCUCCAUGACUGCCUGAGGCUUUGGGGAACAUUUAAACACAAACCAUUACAGGGCUAGAAGACAAAUUCUAGUUCCCUUCACUCAGAGGGCCCAGACUCUGCUGAAGGCACCCUUAAAUGUGGGGACAGGCCAGGGGUGGUGCACAGCUGUAACCCCAGCACUCAGGAAACUGAGGCAAGAAGAUUGCUGUGAGUUUGAGGCCAGCCUGGGCCACGUGAUGAGUUCACAAGCCUAAGCUACAUAGUGAGACCCUGUUUCAAAAAAGUGAAAGAAAGAGAUAGAGAAACUUAGAAGCAGCUACAAACUCCUUUCCAAAAAAGUUGAAGUAGAAAGAAAUCCGUUUGUUUCCACCUUGCUAAUCCUUUUCUUUUUCACCUGUCUACAGGCCAGCCCUUCUCCCAUCUUCCCUCAUCUCCUUGGCAAAAGAACAUUUUCCCUCCGCCCAGUCUCUUGGCAUGUCUGUCGGACAACUUGCUGGUGGAUCCUGCUCUCCCCAGCUCCUCUGUGUCUAAAGCAGGACAGGGACAGGGGCCUUGUGAAGGGCUUGGUGCCCCUUCCCAGCCAGGGCUGGCAGGUGGAGAGCAAAGCCUGUGCUCCUGGUGACACAGAAGGGACAGCAGGGGGGGCAGCUCUAGGCAGCCACGGACAACAAAGGGGAUGGACAGAGCGACUCAGAAGGUGAAAGAGAUGAUUGCAGGGUCCCUUGCAGAAGGACAGGGGGACAUCCUGCACUUUUUGGGGUGGGGAGACUUGAGAAGGUUUGAGGCUCCUCCCUGGACCCCUGGCACCUGUCUCCCCUUCCGCUCCUGCUCCUGCCGGGUUGUUUACAGAGGCCACUCUCUGAACUCUUGCCCUCCUGGACUUGCCCUAGCUCUGGCCUCAGGCCUGUGGCCAGGCAGACACCCUGACAGGUUACAAAUGAGUGUGGGUGUGGGAUUGCACCGAGCUCUUGUGUUGGGAGUCAGUCGGGGGAGGAGAAUCAAUGGACUCCACCUAAGGGCUUCUCCACUGGGCCCAUCCAGCGACCAAGAGACAGAGGCAGGCACUUCCGGUCUCCCCUCCCCCAGGCCACCCCCACAGACUCAGGGGAGCACCAGAAAGGGGGGUGAGUUAGCAUUCCGAGCCCCAGAGAUAGCUCCACUCCAUCCUCCUGUCCUCUCUGCUAAGGAAGGCCCUUUAUUCUAGAACAUUCAUGGAUAUUUUUGAGUGUCCUUUCAGACUUAACUGGUUGUCACAUGGAUGAGCCCAGGCCUGGAGUUUUAAAUUUUUAUUUAUUUAUGUUUUAGGGGGGAGGAGAUGCUGGGAGGUGGAAGGGAACCAGAGGAAUGCAGGCGCUCCCCUAGUUUUAAACACCCUGGAAAGAGGCUAAAAAUUCCCCUGGCCCCUCUGCUGCAAAGCUCACCUGGCCUGGAGCUCCCACAGCUCCCUCCUUCUCUUCCCCCUUCCCCGGAGAGAGACAGCAGUUACGCAGUCUGAGUGAGUGAGCGGGCUCCUGCUAGGGAUGGCUCCAGAGAGAUAAAUACAUCGAGAAAGAUGAGUUGAUGGAUAGGUGGGGGACGAAUAUAAAUAUGGAGCGAGAUGGACGAACGGAGAGAUGGAUUGAGACAGAGAGGAUAUAAAGAGAGGCAGAGGGAGAGAAAUGGAGGCCGGAAUGCGGGGAGAGCGUUUAUGUGGAGAGACGGCAGAGGAAGGGGUUUCUCAUCCUCCCCGCCAGGCGUCCCCUAAUGCUUCCUUGAAAUGCCAUUUUUCCACCCGGGGCUGAAUGAAUUCUUCCCUGAAUUCUAGGCCUGCCUCUCGCACCCUGAGGUAUUUUUGCACCCCCCCCCCCCAUUCACAGCCAUCCAUUUGGCCCAGAAUAACACACCCUGGCCCGAACCCCUAAACACCUGCACCCCGAGACAAACAGGGGGGAAGGAUGCACAGAGUGGGAGUCUGGGGGGACCCAAGGGGGACGGGCUCCCCACCAGCCCUGGGGGGAGGCAUCUUGUGGAGUGAGAAGAGUAGGGGCAGCUGGGUUGAAUUUACCCCAAAUCUAAUAACCCAGGAGCGUAUUGAAGCCUUGGGGGCUGGGAGGGAGGCAAGUCUUGAAUAUUCUUCCAACUUUCCCCCUCCCUCUGGUCCCUUCUUUCCAAAAGUCUUUGAAGAAAGAUGUUUUUGACGCGUCCGUGUCGCUCUCAGAUGGAUGGGCUGUGGGUGAUUGAAGUGUCUUUGUCAUGCUAAUGCUUGGGGGGUGAUGGAUGGGCGCUGGGGCUGCCAAACUCUGGCCUGCUCAGCCCAUUGGCCUGGGAGCGAUCACAUGCGCCCCACCCCCACGGCCUACCCCUUCCUGGGGGACCGCUAACCCCGGCCGGCCGCCGGGCCAUGGAUGCGGGUCUCAGCGCGGUGACAUACUGCCGAAGGGUUGUAGGGCAAGAGGGUGUCUCCCCCACACGGGCCAACCCUCCUGCGGCCUCCACGCAUGGACUAUAAUAGGAUGAACUUCUUAGAGUACCCACUCUGUAACCGGGGACCCAGCGGCUACGGUGCGCACAGCGCCCCAACUUCUUCCUUCCCCUCCAACUCCUCCGACCAGGCGGUUGACAGCUACACAGGCGAGGGCCGUUAUGGUGGGGGGCUGCCCAGCCAGGCCCUCCAGCAGAACUCGGGGUACCCCGCCCUGCAGCCGCCUUCAGCGCUGGGGGUGCCCUUCCCCAGCUCAGCGCCCUCAGGGUACGCCCCCGCCGCCUGCAGCCCGGGCUUUGGGCCUGCUCAGUGUUACCCUCUGGGGACCCCAGAAGGAGACGGUGGCUACUUUCACCCCUCGAGUUACGGGGCCCAGCUAGCGGGCUUGCCCGACGGCUACGAGGCCGGCGCGGCGGGCCAGGGCCUUUACCCCGCGCCGCAGCCCCCCUACGCCGGCGAGCAUGCAGCCGGCUUCGCCCCGGCCUAUGGUCUCCUCUCCGAGGACAAGGAAGCCCCCUGCCCGUCGGAGGCCAGCACCCCCACGGCCCGCACCUUCGACUGGAUGAAGGUGAAGAGGAACCCCCCCAAGGCAGCCAAGGUGUCCGAGCUGGGCCUGGGCGCCCCCGGCGGGGUGCGGACCAACUUCACCACGCGGCAGCUGACCGAGCUGGAGAAGGAAUUCCACUUCAACAAGUACCUGAGUCGCGCCCGCAGGGUGGAGAUCGCUGCCACCCUGGAGCUCAACGAGACCCAGGUCAAGAUCUGGUUCCAGAACCGGCGCAUGAAGCAGAAGAAGCGCGAGCGAGAGGGCGGCCGCGGGGUCCUGGUCCCCCCAGGCGGCCCCAAGGAGGCGGCUGGAGACGCCUCGGACCAGUCUACCUGCACCUCCCCGGAGGCAUCGCCCAGCUCCGUCACCUCCUGAACCCCGAGCCCAGCGCCGGGAGCUGGAGCCCCAGCCCAGUCCUCUCCUAGGCACCCCAGCUUCACCGCCCUGGGGUCCCCUGCCAAGGCUGGGGCGCCAGCCUAGUGUGGCCUGGGGAGGGGGUGAGGGCCGGGGGAACUCGUCCUCAGGUCUGGGGGCUGACGGGGGUUGGGCCCAGAGGCCUGGAAGACACCCCACCCUGUCCAAGUGGAAGGAAGCAUGUCCACCUUGGGGGUCUGGGGAUCCGUUCAAGGUCAAAGCGUGGGCGGGGUGGGGUGGGGAGAAGGGUGGGAGCCUCCCUGCGGCUCUCUGCACUCUCCUUCCCUCCCAAGUCGGGUAAAUUCAGCACAGUGCCUUGAGCUCCGAGGAUUGUACUCAGGUCUCCUCUUUCUGGGCCAGACGUGGGGAGAGAGAGAGGGAGACAGUCCUCCUGCGUGAGAGCCGGUGUGUCACCACCAACCCUCAACCCUAAUCCUUAAUGUCGUCACCACAGACCUUACCACUGCACCAGCUGCCUUGCGAUGACCAAAAAGCCCCCAUGAGCCCCCUCCCGGCGCCCGCACAUUGGUUUUUGCACUAAUGCAGCUCCCUCCCCCCCAAGUUCUCUGUCUCCUUCCACUAGUGACCUCAUCAAGAAAUGGCCACAGGGUUUUAGAACCCUGUGCUUCCUCAGAAACUUCCAGAAUGCUGUGCAAGGCCUGCCCCCAGCAAGCCUCCAGCAGGAAGGGGUGGGCCUGCCCCCAUCCCACCCUACCCCCCUAUUUAUUGUCUCCUGGAAAAACCCAGGAACUCCUUCCCCACCCCUACCCCUGGGGGUGCAGCUGGGGAGGCCCAGGCCUGGGGACCACUGGCUCUCAGAGCCCCAGCUGGUGUCCUCUGAACUCUGGAGUCCUGGGAGACACAUUUGAGUUUCUGGAAAAUUGAGCCCCCAGCAGCCGGUUCGUCUGUACCUCCGACUACCUCAGUUCAAUAAAGCUCUG